UUGCUUCCCCGGACCAGAGAUUGGUAUUAUUGAGAAGUGAACUUGUUCAGAAGCUCACUUAAACUUAUUAACGUAUAUGCCCGUUUUUUCUACCCACCAAAUUUAAAUUUCAUUUGGGAAGUACAUAUUUUUAUUCGUUUCAUAGGCCUGCGCCGGUCCGAUGUCAAACCCAGACCUUUCAUUGAGAUAUGUGUACACGAGUGAGCAGCAAGCCGAAUGAAAACCGAGUCCAUUGAAAGGACAGUGCGAACCACCUUAAAAACGUCUCUCUGAUGUCAGCGUCAGUGUCAGCGAGAUUUCUCUGCCUUCGCGGCGCUCAGCCGACCCGAGCGCUGUGCCGCCGUUUGAAAUGUUCAUUUGUGUCUGAGCGACUUUCCAUUUAUUUGCUUGUCACAUACGAGGGGGAUUUUAUGCCAGGCAAACAAGUUCCGUUGAUGGCUCUCUAAAACAACACUCCGUACCCGAUCCCAGGCGGACAAGAAAAAGCUCCGGGGUGGCCCUUGUGGCUGUGAUGUCACUGUGCACCCAGGCAGCAGUGGGAGGAGCCUGAGGGGCAGAAGCUGGACACACAGGGUGGAGGCGGAGCUUGCGGCACACAGACGGCGACAUGAACCUGUGCUGGAACGAAAUAAAGCGCAAGUCCCACAACAUCAGGGCUCGGCUGGAGGCCCUCUCGGACAACAGCGGGAAGCUGCAGCUGUCCCUGCAGGAGAUCAUCGAAUGGCUGACGGCGAAGGAUGAGGAGCUGUCCGAGCAGCUGCCCAUAGGGGGCGACGUGGGGUCCGUGCAGCACCAGAGGGAGUUCCACCAGGCCUUCAUGGAGGACGUGAAGUCCAGGGGACCCUUCAUCUACUCGGUGCUGGAGUCGGCCCAGGUCUUCCUGUCUCAGCACCCGUUCGAGGAGCCCGAGGAGACGCUCGCCGACAGCAAAGAAGUGUCCCCGCGGCGACGGAUCCUGAACGUGAGCCGCUCGGUGUGGAAGCAGGCCAACGUGGCCAGCGACCUGUGGGAGAAGCUGACGGCGCGCUGCGUGGACCGCCAUCGGCACAUGGAGCGCACGCUGGAGAGGCUGCUGCAGGUGCAGGGCGCCAUGGGGGAGCUGGGCGUGGCCCUGGAGCAGGCCGAGGGCGUGCGGGACGCCUGGGAGCCCGUCGGGGACCUCUUCAUCGACUCCCUGCAGGACCACAUCGACGCCACCAAGCUGUUCAAGGAGGAGCUGACGCAGGUGAAGGAGGGAAUGAAGCACAUCAACGACCUGGCGCACCAGCUGGCCAUAUCCGACGUGCAUCUGUCCAUGGAGAACGCCCGGGCCCUGGAGCACCUCAACAGCAGAUGGAAGCUGCUGCAGGGCUGCAUCGAAGAGAGGCUGAAGCAGCUGCAGGACGCCCACAGAGACUUCGGGCCCGGGUCCCAGCACUUCCUCUCCAGUUCCGUACAGAUCCCCUGGGAGCGCGCCAUAUCCCCCAACAAAGUGCCAUAUUACAUCAACCAUCAGGCCCAGACAACGUGCUGGGACCACCCAAAGAUGACGGAGCUGUACCAGGCCCUGGCUGACCUGAACAACAUCAAGUUCUCGGCGUACCGGACGGCCAUGAAGCUGCGUCGGGUCCAGAAGGCCUUGCGACUGGACGUGCUGAGCCUUGGCAGCGUCGCGGCCGUGUUCCGGGAGCAGGACCUGCAGCGCGGCGAGCACGUGAUGGACGUGGUGGAGGUGAUCCGCGCCCUCACGGGCCUGUACGAGCGCAUGGAGGAGGAGAGCAGCGUCCUGGUGAACAUCCCGCUCUGCGUGGACAUGUGCCUCAACUGGCUGCUCAAUGUGUACGACAGCGGUCGGAACGGGAAGAUCCGCGCGCUGUCCUUCAAGGCGGGCCUGGUGAGCCUGUGCAAGGCGGACGUGCAGGAGAAGUACAAAUAUCUGUUCCGGCAGGUGUCUGGGCCGGGCGGGCUGACCGACCAGCGGCACCUCAGCCUCCUGCUCCACGAGGCCAUCCAGAUCCCCCGGCAGCUGGGCGAGGUGGCGGCCUUCGGGGGCAGCAACGUGGAGCCCAGCGUGCGCAGCUGUUUCCGCAUGGCCCCGGGGAAGCCUGCCAUCGAGGUGUCCCACUUCCUGGAGUGGAUGAGCCUGGAGCCGCAGUCGGUGGUGUGGCUCCCGGUGCUGCACCGCGUGGUCGCGGCCGAGGGCGCCAAGCACCAGGCCAAGUGCUCCGUCUGCAAGCAGUGCCCCAUCAAGGGCUUCAGGUAUCGUAGCCUGAAGCAGUUCAACGUGGACAUAUGCCAGACCUGCUUCCUCACGGGACGAACCACGAAGAGCAAGAAGCUGCAUUACCCAAUCAUGGAGUACUACACGCCAACCACCUCCGGGGAGAAGAUGCGGGACUUUGCGAAGACCCUGAAGAACAAAUUUCGGUCCAAGCAGUACUUCAGCAAGCACCCGCAGAGGGGCUACCUGCCCGUGCAGUCCGUCCUGGAGGCCGAGAGCGUGGAGACGCCCUGCUCCUCUCCCAAGCUGCCCCACGCGGACACGCACUCCCGAAUCGAGCACUUCGCCAGCAGACUGGCGGAGAUGGAGAACCAGAACUGUUCCUUCUUCACCGACAGCCUGUCUCCAGACGAAAGCUUGGAUGAAGAUCAGUACCUCCUGCGUCACUCCAGCCCCGCCCUGGAGCCGGACUCCCUGGCCGGUCAGCACAUGCUGGGCAACAUCAACUGCGAGGACAAGGAUGAGCUGCAGCGGACGCUGGCCAGGCUGGAGAAUGAGAACAGGGUCCUGCAGGGGGAGUACCGGCGGCUGAAGUGGAAGCACGAGGAGGCGGCGGCGUCGCCGCAGCUUUCGGACGGGACGGACGGGGCGCUGGUGCUGGCCGCGGGCCACCAGGACGAGGAGCUGCUGGCGGAGGCGCGGGUCCUGAGGCAGCACAAGACCCGGCUGGAGACCCGCAUGCAGAUCCUGGAGGACCACAACAAGCAGCUGGAGUCCCAGCUCUUCAGGCUGAGGGAGCUGCUGCUGCAGCCCAAAGAUGAUUCGGAAGGCAAUGAAUCCGCACCGUCCUCUCUGUCUUCGCCUGUGUCAGGCGGUGGCCACCGGGGGGAGCGGCAGAGCAAGGAGACCCCAGACACAGAGGACGCUGGAGACGAUGAAGAGGACGGGGGUCAGCAGGACACGGUGCUGCAGCUCCAGGAAGUGAUUGAGCAGCUGAGGAACGUCUUCCCCUCCGAGCACGGUGCCCCGACUCUCAUCUAAGCACUGGGCAGAGCACGGACUCCAGCCCGAUGGCUGUUUACCCAGAGUGCACUGGGAGCGGGGCCUCCCCCCCCCGUCGCAGCUCAAGCGGAGAUGUGCCUGGCGCGCGCCGGGUUUGAAGAGCAUCCUGGGACGUUUUGCGCUGGCCUCCAGACAGCCCGCGCCGAAGGCCCGGUGUUUGCUCAGACACUGUGGACCGGCUCUGAAGCUCCGUGAAGGUGUGAAGCUGUGCCAGCACGGCGCGGCACAAAAGACCGUCCUUCGCCCUGGGACUUCAGCAGUGUGAAGGGGGGGGGGGGGGGGUGCUCCUAAAUUCUGGGUUCGGCUUGUUUUUAAGGUCUCUUAACACUCUCGCGCUUUGGUGUGUGACCCUGUCCAGCCCGUGUGGACAGAGAUGGGCGGGGCUUCUGGAGCCAGGGCUAUGACAAACACACAGCCUUGUUUGCUGUUCACCGCUGAGGCACAUCCAGCACUCGGAUGACAUCAUUUAUUUAAGACCACCGGAGUGGCCGGGAGCGCUUCCUGUUACCUCCUGAGGCCGCGUGUUACUUCUGUGACAUAGCGUUUGCUGUCACAGUGACUGCAGACACCCUCACAUGCAUGCUUACAUGCACAUGCACACACACACACACACCCACAUACACACAAUGCACAUGCAAAAACAUACCUGCACACCCAUAGCACACAUACACUGCCAAUCAGACAUAUAAACCAAACAACAUGAGCUUGCACAAACAUGCACAACCCCACAAACACAUACAGACACACACACACACAUACAGAAGUUUGUGUGGGAAAAGUAACUGCAAUUUUGUGGUUCUUUGAUUCCACAGGACUGCACGGAAGGGUUUCAUAGCGAUGAUGGCUGAGUUUUAAUCAGAAGAGCCACCCGAUAGAUGGGCCCCCCCUAGUAGGGGCGAUGCCCCUCCAUGCACAGAAGGGGGAGUGGCCCCAGGCCCCCAGGCCUCCGGGCUGCCAUCCCAGAAUUCCCCCACAGCAAGCCGGGCUGGGGGGGACAGGCAAUGUAGGGUCAGAUGACAGACUUGUGACAGAGCACAGUUUACAUGCCUUAAACCCUGAGAGAUCGCCAUGGAAAGAGAAGCGGUGCAUUUCACUGCUUUUCACUGCAGUGAGGUUUUUUUUAACUGCCAGUCUGCUGCCUCCUACCCCCCUACAUCCAUAUGUGCAGGAGAUGGAAGUGUGUGUCAGAGACACAUCUCUCGUGCUUUUGCGCUUUCUCAAUCAGGAAACAGGAACGGCGACGCGUGAGAGUUUAAUCGCUCAUUGUGAUAAAGGGCAACAUAUGAAGUCAGUGGUUCUUUCUUCAUUGUAACGAGGGCCAGUGAAACAGUGCCUCAGUAGAGAUUGGAGCUGGCAACCUUGUUGGGGAGGGCCAGGUGAAGUCUGGUGAGGAGGGGGGGAGAGAGGAGAGGACAGACACAGUAUUAGGGAAGGGAACAGGCUUUGAUAUUGGAGAGGGCGAGAUGAUGUCUCCAGGGCUGUACGUGUAAAUAUUCACUGUGAUGUAUUCACAAAGGGGGGGGGGGGGGGGGGG